CCGGGCUCAACAGUGGCGGGCAUGUGGUGCGUCGGAUUGGGUUAUAAAAACUGUAACCGCCGGCUACAGGCUCCAAUUUGCGUCCACUCCUCCCCGUUUCAACGGGAUACUGCAGUCGCAGGCCCGUGGAGAGAAAGCUCAGGUUCUACAGGAGGAAAUCACCUCUCUAAGAAACAAAAGGGCAAUUCGGGUAGUGCCACCGGAGAAAAACCAAAGCGGUUUUUACUCGAGGUACUUUCUAGUCCCGAAGAAGGGAGGGGGCCUCCGGCCGAUAUUAGAUUUACGCGCUCUGAACAGAUACAUGAGACAGUACAGUUUCAGGAUGCUGACACACGCCGCUCUCAUACGCUUCGUGCGCCCGGGAGGCUGGUUCACAAGCAUAGAUCUGAGGGACGCUUAUUUCCAUAUCGCCAUUUAUCCCCCUCACAGGAAAUAUCUCAGGUUCGCCUUCCAGGGCGUAACGUACGAGUAUUUGGUUCUCCCGUUCGGCCUUUCGUUAAGUCCACGGGUGUUUGUGAAAUGCACGGAGGCUGCCAUCGCGCCCCUCAGGUUGAAGGGAAUGCGUUUGGCAACAUACAUAGACGACUGGCUUCUAGCCACACAGUCGCCCCAGGAGGCUCAGGCGCAGACCAGCGUGCUCAUAUCGCACCUAGUGUCCCUGGGUUUCACAAUAAACGUGAAAAAGAGUGUUUUGGUCCCUACUCAAAGCAUAACGUUCAUAGGCUUGUGCCUCGAUUCAGUGACGUUCAAAGCACGUCUAUCCGCGGAGAGAGUGGAAGCCUUUCAGGCUUGUCUGGCACUUUUUCGCAGGGGGACGAUGUUGAAGUUCAGAACGUGCCUCAGACUAUUGGGUCUGAUGGCGUCGGCGCUGGUAGUAGUCCCACUUGGCCGCCUCCAUAUGAGGCCGGUUCAGCGAUGGGUUGCAUCACUCAGACUGAACCCGACGUGCCAUGGCCAUCGCCGGGUUUUGAUCUCCAUGGCGUGCGUCUCGGCGCUGCGCCCUUGGGGACGCGCGUACUUUCUGACUACAGGCGUUACCAUGGGAACUGUCCUGGCGAGGAAGGUCCUUUCAACGGAUGCCUCUCGGGCGGGCUGGGGAGCCGUAUACGAGGGCAGAUCAGUAAAUGGCACUUGGAGCUCACAUAUGCAGUUUGUUCACAUAAACUGCCUGGAACUUCAGGCGGUGUCACUGGCGCUGAAACAUUUUCUUCCCUUUCUGAGAGGGCAACAUGUUCUAGUCAGGACGGACAACACCACGGUGGUGGCGUAUAUAAACCGUCAGGGGGGGCUGCGCUCCCCUCAAAUGCACACGUUGGCACACAGACUGAUCAUUUGGGGCAACGCCCACCUGUUGUCGCUGAGAGCAACACACGUGCCGGGCGCGCGGAACUGGGGAGCAGAUUUAAUGUCCAGGGGCGACCCUCGCUACAAGGACUGGAAACUCCACGUCGUGGUCGUGAACCAGAUAUGGGAGAAAUACGGUCGAGCAGAGGUCGAUCUCUUUGCAUCAGAGGAGAACACUCAGUGCCCUCUGUUCUAUUCCCUAACCGGUCGGAGCGCCCCAAUGGGGCUGGAUGCUUUGGCAUACGAGUGGCCGCGCGUCCUCCUGUACGCUUUCCCCCCAUUAGAACUGAUCAUUCCUACUCUCGCCAGGGUGCGAGAGAAGGGUCAUGCGCUGAUCCUUAUAGCCCCCCGUUGGCCGGGGAAAUAUUGGUUGGCGGAAAUAGUCCAGUUGCUGUGCGGCCAGCCUUGGCCUCUGCCUUUACGAAGGGACCUCCUGACGCAAGCGCAUGGGGAAAUCUUCCAUCCUCAUCCGGAGCGCAUGGCUCUAUGGGCCUGGCCCGUGAAAGGAUAAACCUAACGACGGCUGGACUCCCAUUGAAUGUCAUUACGACUAUCCAGGGCGCCAGGGCUUCCUCCACGCGUAGCGCAUAUGAAGGGAAAUGGCGUGCGUUCGAGGAUUGGUGCGCGAAAGCUGGGGAAAUAGCUUUCCAGAGUCCCGUGCCUGUUAUUCUGACAUUUCUACAGGAUUUGCUGGAUAAAGGCCGGGCUUUCUCCACUGUCAAAGUGUACUUGGCCGCUAUAUCGGCUUGUCACAUAGGUUUUGGGGACAAAUCGGCAGGUCAGCACCCUAUCGUUUGCCGGUUUAUGAAAGGUGCACGCCGUCUUCGGCCGGUGUUGCGGAGCUUGGCUGCUCCUUGGGAUUUAUCUACGGUGCUUGAUGCACUGUCACGCCCACCGUUUGAGCCCUUACAACAGGUAGAGCUUAAGACGCUCUCGUUUAAGACGGCUUUGUUGCUCGCGUUGGCCUCGGCUAAACGCACUAGUGACAUCCAUGCGCUGUCGGUUAGCCCGACGUGUAUGCAGUUUUUGCGGGGGAACUCAAAGGUUCUAUUAAAGCCGAACCCUGCGUUUGUUCCCAAGGUAUUCGACUCUGCGUUGUCAUACCGCCCUAUUGAGCUGUUGGCUUUCCAUUCUCCCCCUUUCUCCUCCCAGGAGCAGGAGCGGCUGAAUGCGCUCUGCCCGGUGCGGGCUUUACGCGUCUAUGUUGAUAGGACGGCUGGAUUCAGGAAAUCGGAGCAGCUGUUUGUAUCAUGUGCUACGUCACAUAUGGGGAAGCCUCUCUCGAAGCAGCGUUUAUCACACUGGAUCGUGGGGGCUAUAGCCAUGGCUUAUAGUAGCGUGGGUUUGGAACCCCCUAUCGGCCUGCGCGCACAUUCGACUCGCGGCAUGUCCGCAUCCUGGGCACUGUUUCAGGGGGUCUCAGUGGAAGAGAUAUGUGCGGCUGCCAGCUGGGCGACGCCUCACACUUUCGCUAGAUUCUACAGGUUGGAUGUUACUGCGCCUAAUCUGUCUCACACAGUCUUGAGCGUUGGAUCGGUGAACAUGCCUGUUUGAUGGGUUUGCACUGGUACUUCUUUGGCAAUACGGGAGUUACUAUAUCCCAUAGUGAGAUACCGAAUGAAUAUUGAAAGAAAACUUAGGGUUAAGAAAUUAACCAAGGUUUUCUGAUAUAUGAGUGAGGUAUCUCACUAUGGGACACGCCCCUCGCGCUGUCCCCCAGAAGCAAUUUUACACUACGCCAGUCGUGACUGGCCAACAGACGUGACGUCUGCCUGCAGAGGAGGGGCUCCCUCCUACUACAUAAGCCCCGUCGUCACGUCAUCUCUUCAGUCUAGGCAAAACACCUCUUCCUCGCUCCGGGCAAGGAGGGUGGUCUGGUGAGAUACCUCACUCAUAUAUCAGAAA